AUGAUUGUUCUCUUCUGCUUUUCGCCAUUGGUAAGUUAGAAACAAAGUGGUAGUUGGGAAUCAUGGAGUUGGCAUUGUGUCAUUUUAGUUGAAGUUCUAACCAAAUUAGAUAGCUUUCAUCAUGCUCACAUUUCAUGGUGAUGCUCUAUGAUUUAUCACUAAUAUUAAUACUAUUGGCAUGGAUCUUAUCCAGUCCAUUUGGUGGGGUGAUAUAACUUUUCUAGGGUUGAAAGCCUCCUUUUUUUUGUCUGUGCCUGAUCAAUAUCUUGUUUGAAUGUCAUUCAAAGUGAGCUAGGUCUCAUGAUUUCUGUCAAAACUAUGACAUGGACUAAAAAAAAUAUUUUUGUAAAUGACAUUAAUUGUAGAUCUUUUCACCUGGUUGAAUUGUUAUAAGUUAGUGAGGGCAUUGUCUUUCUUCUUGGGGAUCAAGGACAAUAUGGUUGUUGAGGCAGCUGCCUCUCUCGCUCUCUAUCCAGCCCUUCUCUCAUUUUGCAUGUCGUACUUUUAGAUUCCAUGCUUCUUGGGGUCCCCACUCAAUUUUGCUUGAGUGAGGUCGAGUCGUUGCUCUCACUCUCUUCAUCGGUAUUAUUUGACGGCAUAGAGAGUCUUGUUGUGCUAUGGAAGUCAGGGAUCUAGUUGAAGGAGUUGUUGAUCUUUGUCGAGCCACUUGUGCCUUCUAGCUAAGGACUUCUUCAACCAAUAUGAAGAGAGUGGGUGAUAGGGGAUCACCCUACCGUAACCUUCGCAUGGGCAUGAAGAAAAGUGUGGAAGUGCCAUUCACCAAUAAGGAGAAAUAGUUCUCCCAAACACAUAUAUCAACUAGGUCAAUGAACUCGUCGAUGAAUCCGAAGCAUCAAAGCACUUCAGUAAGGAAAUUUCACUUGAUCUUAUCAAAAGCCUUUUCCAUGUCUAAUUUGAUAAUGACGUUGGAGCCACAGAUGAUUAAGUUACUAAAAUUAUUUAAUCAUCAGUAAAAUCAUACAUUUAGGGUUUAGGGUUUAGGGUUUUUUUUUUUAAAAUAAAAAUUGAUUGAGUGCUAGAAGUUUGACCUCAUUUUGAGGUUACAUAAGUGAGAUCUCAUUCGCACAAAGGACGAGGAUGAGAUGGGGGAGAGGAUUAUGGAUAAUAGUGGAGAUAGACUCCACUACGCUCAUAAUGUUUGAAGAAGGCGACUGAUUUGUAGUGGACUAAAAGAGCCAUUGAGUUCAUGAAGUUGGAAGAUCCGCUCAACAGUAGUAGACGUGUAGACCUCCAUAUUGUGCACCAUGAGGUGUUCUUACAAAGACAGGAGUUUGCUAUAGUAAGUGGUUAUAAGAAAUAAAUAAAUAAUAUAAAGUAGGUGAGAGAAGAAUGGUUAGGAUAGUGAGGAGUACAAAACUAUGCUAGAGCAUGACAAUAAGCCCAAAUAUGAACUUGCCUUCCUAGUGUUGCAUGCGCCUAAUCCCUCUGGUCAAGAUUUUGUUAGUACCAUCAGUUGCCGUACUUCCUCUAAGUAGGUAGGUGACCUUUCACCCCACGAAGAAAGACUUGGUCUCUUUUUCUAACCCUUUUCUUUUCUCUUAUUCUCUCUCUCUCUCUUUUUUUUUUUUGUUUGUUUUGUUGAGGGCCUCUUCUUUCACCCUCCACUAAUGCCCAUGAUUUGGCUAGUGAUUAGGGGAAGGGAAGUAGGUUUUUUUUUUUUAUGAGGACCUUUUCCCUCACCCUCCACUAAUCGUCUAUGAUAGGCUAGUGAUUUCGGGAAAAGAAGUAGGCUACCUAUUUUCUUUUUUUUUUUCUUUUUUUUUUUGAAGAGAGAGAAAGGAAGGGAGAAAGAAAUAGAGAAUCGAGAAAGAGAGAGAGGAGAGAGGGUCAAUCCUAUGGAUAUAAAUCCUUACCUUCUCAUGGGUUCAAGCUGACUAAUGGUACUAAUGAGAUCUUGAAAGAGGUGCUAAGUUGGCAAUUUACAACUAAUUUGGCAAGUUUGAUGUGCUAUAGACCUAUAGUUCAAAAGUGGGCAGAUGCUAGCAUGUGCUAAUAGUUAUGUGUCCUCACUAUUUGAGGGUGAUAGAUAGUAGAAGUGAGAUGAUUAUGAGGAGAGUAAUGAUUGGAAGUGGUGUACCCGGGUGGAUUGUGAUGUGCUUUGUCGUUCGUCUUGUGUUGACGUCGACGUUGAAUUACUCUAAGCGAUACCCCACUACCUAAGUGUGGCAGGUAGAAGCUUUCACCCAAUGCAUAGUGCUGGUAUACCGAGUCGUUCUAAACGGUGUCUACCUCGAGCUUCUACAGGAAUAUCCUACCAAGAGGUGAAAACAUGUCUUAGAUGAGUGCAUACUGCAUGUGUAGCAAGUGUGUUUGCAGUCUGAUUCCCCUCGCAUAGCUGGUGUGUGAUCGCAUUGAUCUUCUCACGACAACACAUGAUAUCCAUCCAGGUGCUCCUAAGUCGCCAAUGAGAGCAAGUACCUACACGUAACAUUUCAACUAACACUCUAGAGUCGGAUUCUAGGACAAUACCAUGAAGGUUGCAUUCCUCAUAGAGGAGCAGACCAUCGUGGAUUGCCAUAGCCUCCGCUACUGUGUUAGUCUGAACGUUGUAGUAGUGAGAAAAGGCAAAGAUAAUACUUCUUGUAUGGUCUCGUAAGUUGCCUCCUCCCCCUGCAAGUCCAGGGUUCUCAUGUGCUGCCCCAUCCACAUUGAGCUUCAGGUGUCCUAUCAACGGUGGUCUCUAAUAGAUAGUUCACAUAGUGAUUUGUGUAUAGGUCUGUAAUGUUGGAAUUCCCCAAGUCUUGAGUGCCUCACAAAUAGAGGCCAAGCGUGUGGUGACAAACGACAUUAGAGGAUGGACACUCUGUAGCCAUUGUGUGA